UGCGGCAACCGCAAGCUCGUCCUGUACAUGGACGAAUUGGUAUUGUGGAGCAACCGGCUUUACGUCCCGUGCGAGCUAAUAGCUUUCGAGCGUGAUCGAUUGAGCAGUUUGAGCCUGGCUUUUCCCAGGAACAGCCCGUACGUCGGCCUCUUCGAUUUUCAAUUGCAAAAAAUGCGCAACUACGGAGUCCUCAAUGCGAUCAUGAAGAGGAAUUUGAGGCAGAAGGAGACGCACGAGAUCAGCUACAAGCCGGUGACGACUUGGAGCGUUUUGCCGAUCUUCUGCAUUUUAUUGGGUGGAAUGGUCGCCGCUUGGAUACUGCUGAUAUGUGAACAUUUGUGCUGUUUCAAGAAAUUGAUUGGACUCGGUCAAGAACAUCGUCGAGCUGUACCACAUUUUUUCGGCCAACGGCAUAGCCGCUCAGAGUAUACCGCUGAGGAAACUCUCGGAUUUUUCCAUACACUACCAAUGCCCCUCGCCAGCCCCUCUGCAAAUGAUCGUCCUCUCCUCGAUCGAGGAUCUGCAGAUUUUCCGUAA